CCUUUUCUUUGCAUCCUCGUUUUGUAUUUCCCGGCGAUUGCAACUUGGACCUGCUGCAAUGGCCCCAACCGACUCUAAGAAGCGCCUGGCGCUGGCGAUCAUCGAUUUCCUCGGUGCGAGCUUGAAGGAUGGCACGUUGACGGCCGACGAUGCUGAGUCUGUUGAGAUUGCGCAGUCGUGUAUUGCGGACACCUUCAAGGUGGACCCCACCGAUGAGGCUGCUAUGAAGGAUGCUGUGGGGGGACAAUCUCUGGCUAGUAUCUACAGUGUGUAUGAGAAACUGCGGAAUAAGUCCUCCGGGGACUCUGCCGCCUCGGCUAAACAGGAGUCGACACCCAAGACUGGCGCUCCCACUGCGGAGUCGGACAAGCUGAAGUCGGAGGGCAAUGCGGCGAUGGCUCGCAAGGAUCACACCGCUGCUAUUGAGCUUUACACAAAGGCGCUGAUCAUCGCUCCUUCGAACCCCAUCUACCUGUCCAACCGUGCGGCUGCGUACUCCGCUUGCGGCCAGCAUGAGAAGGCCGCUGAGGAUGCCGAGUUGGCGGUGGUGGUGGACCCCAAGUACUCUAAGGCCUGGAGCCGACUUGGCCUUGCCAAAUUUGACCAGGCCGACUACAAGGGUGCUCUGGAAGCAUACGAGAAGGGAAUCGAGGCUGAGGGUAACGGAGGCAGCGAAGCCAUGAAGAGAGGCUUGGAGACGUGCAAGCGUAAGAUCGAGGAGACAAAACUCGGCAGCGAACCUCCGACGGAGGAGAUUGAUGAUGCAGCUGGCGCCUCUCGCGGCGCCGGCGGCAUGCCCGACCUGUCAUCUCUGGCUAGCAUGCUCGGUGGUGGCGCUGGGGGCCGUGGUGCUGGCGGAAUGCCCGAUUUGGGCAGCUUGAUGAGCAACCCCAUGUUUGCCAGCAUGGCCCAGAACCUGAUGAGCAACCCUGACAUGCUGAGCAACCUGAUGAGCAACCCGAGAUUGAGACAGAUGGCCGAGAACUUUGGCAAUGGCGGCGGUAUGCCCGACAUGUCCUCCUUGAUGAACGACCCUAACAUUGCGGAAAUGGCCCGGAACAUGAUGGGAGGUGGCGCUGGUCGCGGGGCGAACAUGUGAUAUGCUAAUUUACUGGCUUAAGC